CGUCGCUCUCUCCAGCGUAACAGUCGCACCUGACACUCCAGCGCGUGUUGCCGACAACCAACAAUCGAGUCAGUGGACAAUCGAUAAAGUGAAUCGAGAAUCGCAUUCGAAUUAUCCAAAUUUGAAAUUGCGAAUUCUAGUGUUGUACCCCUGUGUGUUUAGUGCGAGAGCCGGUCGACAAGUGAGAGUGUGGAAAGUAAGGCGGAGUAUGCGCCAUCGCAUGUUUUCACUUUCUACGUGACGGGACACACUGAGCGAUGACUCCCGUGAACACAAUACGGCCGUCUGCCAUAAUAUGGCUGACCGUAGCGGUUGCCUGUGCGGCUGCCGAACUCAACGAACAAAACAUCACCACAACUAAAGCUAUACGCACUACAAUACUACCAUCGCGAACUACAAGAACAGAACUUAAAGUUUCAAGAAGCCUAAAUCCACAUGACACUCAGACUCUUAACGUGAAAACAAGGCAAGGUCAUAUGACUCAACUUAUUGUAAAGAAAAAGGAUACAAAAAGCACAACACUUCUUGCGAGUACGACUUCAGCUCCCACUACAGUAUCACUUAAAACUACUGUAGCAGCACUUAAACCGAAUAUUACUGUAGACGACAACAAAAACAAAACUGAAAUUAGAGAUCAAAGGAAACUUAACUUUGUUGGAACACUUAACAGCGACUUAGCUGGAUAUGAUUAUUACUUAAACCGUAAUAAAAAUUCUGAACUUGAAUUUGGCGGUAUCAAAACUGAAUACGGCAACUGGUCUCCUGUAUCAGUAUAUCCUGAAUCCCAUAUCCAAGAAGAUGGUGGAAAACCUGAGACAGAUCCAGAAACAUCUAGUUAUUAUCCUACAUAUGACAAUGAAAAAGUAACAGAAGAUAAGAAAGUUUAUAUUACGUCAACAAGUUUUCUGGAUUACGGUAAUCCCAUUAAAAACUACAGAUUUGAUCCGCAUAAUCCUGUGAUAAAGAAUGACAGGAAUCCAGUAUAUAUUGAAGUUGUAAGUACAAAGGUUGCUGAUGGUGAAGGAAAAUCUUUCAAAGUUCCUGACCCGGUAGUAAUCAGCUCAGAACCAAUGUAUCUCAAAAAAGCUAUCGAUAAAUACAACAAUAAGCGCGGAAGGUCUAUUUUGACCCUCGGUGAAGACGGUAUACCUGAAAUCCAUGGCGUAAGAGUGCCUGAUGAUGAAUCUGAUAAGAAAACUUGGAGAAAUGCUCGCGUUGUUAAUGGAGAACUACUACCAUAUCCAGAAGGUUACAAACCACCUAAAGCGAUCCCAGAAGCAGAUGUUUACCCUAAUAUUGCUGACGCGGAACCGCAUCAGAGUUUCGGCCCAUUUACCAAGGAAGAUAAUUUUGAACAUAAUGAUGGGCCUUUUACUAAGUUUGAUAACGUUAAAUUUGAUUAUGACGAUGCAAUUGGUCCAUAUAUGACAAGUGACAACCCAACGUAUGCCUACAAGCAAAAGAAGGAUAAUUACUAUUUGAAAUCUAACUACGGUCCCUUCACAAAGGCCGAUAAUUCAAAAGUAGCAAACUCAAAACUUAUCGAAUAUAUCAAACAAAUAAACGAACAGGAAUCUAAACGAGACUAUUUCAGUGGUCGUAGCUCGAGAGCUCAUACAGGUGAUCUUGAGUACUCCGAAAGUCAUAUUCAAAGACGCAUGCUUCAACACCCUGGAGAAAAUAAUUUCCCCAAUUCACUGAUGUACACUCCAAAAAAUGCCAAGCCGGAGUUUGAUGAAAGUGUUCGUAAUCCAGUCUUACAAUAUGCCCAUCCAGAAUUAGGUGUGCAGCCAGCAAAGGCCACCAAUGUAGAUAAUUACGACAAUAAAGAACGUAAAAUAAAGUACUAUACUACAAAUGUACCUAAAAGCGCACAUCCGUACCCGAUGGAACCAAUCAAUGGAUUUGGACAACAACGUUCUCAAAAUCAUAACAGAUAUUACGAGGAUGAACACAAGAAAUUUUCUUACUACGAUCAUAAUCCUAACCCUCGUUAUCCUUAUAAUUAUGGUUAUGUGAACAUAAAGCGUGUCCAAGAACCAUCUUUAUGGCAAAGACUCACUAACUCCAUGAAGGAUACUAUAAAUAGCGCAAGCCAAACAGUACAUCAACUAACAAGACCCUUAAUAGAUCCAAUUGCUAAAGUGACACAGCCUGUGCUUGAUCCUUUAGUAGAAGCUACGCAUAAAAUCUCACAUAAUUUAGGACUAUAUACAUCUAACUCUAUACAGUCUCAAAGAUAUGCUCAAGACAAAAUUGGUGUGGCAGCCGCAGCUACCGCAGGAGCUCCGGCAAUGCUGCCAGCCAUAGGGCUUAUGGCUGGAGGUGCUGCUUUAGGUCUUGGAGCAGUGGCUAUGGGGAGACUUCUGGAUGUUAAUUUAAUGAGAAACGCAGGUUUAAGCGAAGACGAUAUUGAGGAUGAAAUUGAUAAGGAACACAAAAGAUCAUUCGGAGGAGUGCCAUACGAUAUUGAUAGACACAUCAUAAGUAAACAAAAGGUUUACGACGACAACUACAAAAUGCCCAGUGAAAAUGUGUAUGUAGUGAUGUCGCCAGACGGAAAUGAGAGUUCUCGCGCUAAACGUGAUAUUAUUAGUUUCUUCCAACAGCCCAGUUCACAAAAUUCAAUAAUGAGAAGAGUGAAAAGAAGACAUUUAGUGAAAAGGGCACUACAGGAAGAUUUGUCCGACGACCUCCAGCAUUUAGACAGCAAUCCAACCUCGUCUUCUUUGAAUACGGCGGCAAUGGAUUUAGUGAAACAAACAGACUGGAGAGAUUCCCAAUGCGCUAAGUUCACGUUCUGUAAAGUGCUGACGUCGCAACCAUCUGAUUCAAUCUUCGCUAUGGAAAAGAAGAUGGAGGCAUUAUUAAAAAUGAUCUCGCGCGGCGGCAGCGCAAGUGCAGCGACGGUGGCCCAACAGCUCGGGGACGUGAUGGCGGCAAGUCGAGACCACGACUGCAGUCGGUUCCGAUGCGAUGCGCACUGACCGCAUCAAUAUAAUUGCAGAAGGUGCCACCAGCAACAUUUAAGAAAAUGGACGAAGAAAUAAAACUGGUCAAUUCGAUUUCCACCACAUCGUGUACAAGAUUAUAAAAAUCAAUUAGUGUAGCUUACAACACUGAAUGAAAUGUAAGCAUGACAAACAAUUACAUGGUGUUUGUUUACGAUUAUUAAUAUUUUUUGUUAUGUCACAUACACAUUUUUUAAACCAUCAUAAAUUGUUGAAAUGUUGUGAAUAUAUAAGUAAUUUAUGACAAACAACGCGGGUCAAAGUGCACCGAAACUAAUACGCGCAGAUACAUCGAGAGCCAAUCGCAACCAUUCAAAACUAAAUACAUCGGAUACGAAGCAUACAAGCGCAUCGGCAACAACCGACCUGCAAUUUUUCACAGAAUGUGCUCGUAUUCGUAACCGACUUUUAUUCACCGCACUGUAAAAACCGCUGCUACGCGCGCUAACUCGUUCCGUUUGAUAUAAAUCAUGCAUAACAGUGACUUCAAUAAAAAGUUCAUUUUUUGUAUAAUUUUAAUGAAACGUUUGGUAAGGUGCCAUUAACAUAAAAUAUUUGUUUCCUGGCAACUAUACCAAUCAAUAUUAAUAAUUGUUGAUUCUUGUAUCACACAUAUUUUGUUGUAAAUGUAAAUACCAAUGACGCCAAUAUUUGCUUUGAUGAUAAAUGUUAAUCAUUAAAUUAAAUGAUGAUUUAAGUUCAUUGACAAAUAUCUUCCAUUAUACAUAAUAAAGUAAAAUAAAAUUCAUAUUACAUAUUUUUGGUUAUAUCACAUUUCCUGGUGAAAUGUAAGUGAUUUCGUUAGAAAUAUUUAUUGAUAGGAUAUAUAUACUUGUACUUAGGCACAUAUUUGCUUUCAUACUCCUUGGUUUGAAUAUUUCCGUGUAUAAUUGAAUUUUAUAAUUAUACAAAGGAACUGUUGAACUGUGUAGAAAUAUUGCAAAACUCUAUCUAGAUAUACAAAUAAAUAUAUGAUAUAGAAUUGUAUUCAGCAUCUGAAUGUAUCAUUAAUAUGGCUACUAAUAAAUUAUGUAUCUAUAUAGGUUAACUUAAGUUGAACUCCAAUUAUUAUAUAAUACAUGUUAUUAUGUACCAUUAAGUGUCUUAUCUCGGCAAAAUUUUAUCUUUUAAUCUUAAAGUCACAAUGAAUGACACAAGUCUAAAAUCUAUAUUGCCGCUGUUGUCCGCCAUAUUGGUACUAAUUUAUUAAAAUAUCCGCAAAUCAUGAUUCAAACAUAUCCGUGUAUUAAAAAAAUUUCUAUGUAUUGUUACCAAAUAUUCAUCAUAGUUAAAAUAUAAACCAUUUUAACUACGUAAUUCUCAUUAUCACUUCUUCGAAUUGUUUAGAUAAAACUUGAAAUAAGUUUUUUUCUAUAUUAUUAUUCUUUUAAAUCAUUGUAAUAAUUAUUUAUUUAAAUUAUCGCUUAGUUAAGUUGUAAAUACGCUUCAAUGAAAAUGUAAAUUAUUUAUUUAUUAUUACAAAUAAAAAUUAAAGUGAAACUGU